AUGGCUUCCAACCCUAUGGUCUUCUUCAACAUGACCAUCGGUGGCCAACUUGCCGGCCAUAUCAUUAUGAAGCUCUACACCGACGUGGUUCCCCACACUGCCGUGAACUUUCGGGCUCUCUACACCAGCCAGAAGGGCACAGGCCGCUCCGGCAAGCCGCUUCACUACAAGGGAUUGUCAUUCCACCACGUGAUCCCUGGGUUCAUAUGCCAAGGAGGCGACUUCACCGCUGGAAACGGCAUCGGAGGCGAGUCGAUCUAUGGCACCAAGUUCACCGAUGAGAACUUCGUGAAAAAGCACACCAGCCCCGGAGUCCUCUCUAUGGCCAAUGUCGGUCCCGGAACCAACGGAUCUCAGUUCUUCAUUUGCACUACCAAGACCGAGUGGCUCAACGGAAAGCACGUCAAGUUCAGCCAGAUCAUCGAGGGCAUGGACCUCAAUAAAAAGUUGGAAGCAGUAGCCAGUUCCAAAUUUCAAGUAUAUCAACACAUAGUCGUUAUAACUUGCCACUCUUCGAAGAAAGUGGCUAUAACUUGCCAUUCUUCGGAGAUAGUCACAAUUUCUCGCCACCUCAAUAAAAAGUGGCAAGCAGUAGUUAGUCCCAAAUUUCAUGUAGUUCGACACAUAGUGGGUAUACCUUUCCACUCUUGA